UUGUUGACAUCGAAAUAGUCUUCGAGAUCGUAUUCCAUAUCAGUGGAAAAUUUUGUCCAUUGUUUUGACAAUGGCGUCUUCGGAUGAUUUAGGAGGAUCUUUGGAUGUAGAUGUCGUAGGACUCGUUGAUUUGGAUUUUAAAAGUGAACCGGACUUUUUUGACUUUGAUUCUGGGGGAGAAUUUGGACUAUUUGGAGAGGAUGGAGUUGCUCUGAACACUACUUCAUCAAAUACCCACAGCAGUCAGCCUCCAGUAAUAACAUCGCAAAAUGCCCUUCCAACCCAUGCAGGAACAGUCAGUUCUGUUAAUUCAAGUGGACCAGUCACUCACAGUGGGUCUGGAUCUUCUGGCACCAAGAAGAGUUCACAUAACCGGAGAUCAAAAAGUCAUUGGAAUGAAAUAGAAAAAGAUCUUUUCGUCAAAGGCAUGUGUUGGUGACCAAAACUAUACUGCAUAUUCAAGAUGGGGUCUAACUAUUGAUGUGUAGAGCUGCAGCACCAUUUCCUUGUUUCUGUUUUUGAAGUUAAGUAUAUCUUAGUUUUACCAGACCACUGAGCUGAUUAACCCUUAAACGCCUAUUGGACAUAUGAAACGUCGAUGAAAAUUGUCUGUUGGGUGCCUAACCGACGUAUGGUACGUCGACGCAAAAUAGUUUUUUUUAAAAUUCGCAGAAAAAUAGUUAUAGGCCUACUAGGCGAAAACUUUUGAAUCAUGUGCCUUGAGGGAUGCUGGGAGCUCACAGAUCAAGCUGUUGUUUUGUUUACAAGCGUUACCCAGGCGCGCAAGCGCGAAUUUAUUUCUUCUUGCACUAAAAAGCAUCAGACACAUCUCGGAAAUUAUUUUGUCACUGACAUAAUUUUUGCACCAUUUUAUAUUAGCUGUUAUAUAGAAUUUUAUAUAUGAAAAGGUGUGCAAUUUCAUGUAAAAUACAACAAAAAAUAACCCAUGGUUGUAGCUUUUAUCAGUUUUGAAAUAUUUUCAUAUAAAUAACGAUAAGUGCCAAAAUUUCAACCUACUGUCAACUUUGACUCUACCGAAAUGGUCGAAAAACGGAAUUGUAAGCUAAAACUCUUAUAUUCUAGUAAUAUUCAAUCAUUUACCAUCAUUUUACAACAAAUUGGAAGUCUCUAGCACAAUAUUUCGAUUUAUGGUGAAUUUUUGAAAAAACUUUUUCCUUACGUCCGCGCGGUAACUCCUACGAAAAAAUCAGAAAUUUUUUUGUCCGAUUGUCGUAUUGUUUGCACCGUUUUAUAUUAGCCGUUACAUAAAGUUUUAUAUAUGAAAAUGUGCGCAAUUUCAUGUAGACUACAACGAAAAACAACCCAUGGUUGUAGCUUUUAUCAGUUUUGAAAUAUUUUUAUAUAAAUAACGAUAAGUGCCAAAAUUUCAACCUUCAGUCAACUUUGACUCGACAGAAAUGGUUGAAAACCGCAAUUGUAAGCUAAAACGCUUACAUUCUAGUAAUAUUCAGUCAUUUACCUUUAUUUUGCAAUAAAUUGGAAGUCUCUACCACAAUAUUUUGAUUU